GAUGGACAGCUCAAUGGAUGACCUGCGUGACACGUGGUUCACCCUAUCCAGAGCAAGCCUCGCCACCCAAUGACAAUCUACAUUUAGAUACGCCCAUAUCCCCUCGUUGCCUAUACCUGUACCAGUCUCUUUCCAUUUCCCACACUGCCCCUUCCUUCCUGCCUCCAUAGCCGCCCACCAGUUAACCAACCAGUUAGUUGAUUCAGAGAAUGGCCUCCAACGCGUUGAUGGGUUGCGGCGUCGCCGCCGCCGCUUGCCCCUCACUCCUCUCCUCUUCCAAGUCUAAAUUCGCCACCUCAGUGUCUUUGCCCACUCCCGGCGGCUCCACAGCCGCGUCCGGCCGCUUCACCAUGUCCAGCGCCGAUUGGAUGCCCGGCCAGCCCCGCCCACCCUAUCUCGAUGGCUCUGCACCCGGUGACUUUGGAUUCGACCCCCUCCGCCUGGGGCAAGUCCCGGAAAACCUUGAGAGAUUCAAGGAGUCCGAACUCAUUCACUGCAGAUGGGCUAUGCUUGCCGUGCCGGGGAUACUGGUGCCGGAGGCCUUGGGGUUGGGGAACUGGGUGAAGGCGCAAGAGUGGGCGGCGAUACCGGGAGGGCAGGCGACGUACCUGGGGAACCCUGUUCCGUGGGGUACCCUCCCCACCAUUUUGGUCAUCGAGUUCCUGUCCAUAGCCUUCGUGGAGCACCAGCGCAGCAUGGAGAAAGACCCGGAGAAGAAGAAGUACCCCGGCGGAGCUUUCGAUCCAUUGGGCUACUCCAAAGACCCCGCCAAGUUCGAAGAAUACAAGGUUAAAGAGAUCAAAAAUGGGCGCCUGGCGUUGUUGGCAUUCGUGGGGUUCUGCGUUCAGCAGUCGGCGUACCCGGGAACAGGGCCAUUGGAGAAUUUGGCAACUCACUUGGCUGAUCCAUGGCACAACAACAUUGGAGAUGUGAUUAUUCCCAGAUCAGUUAUGGGUUAAACUAUUCACAGUAACAAUUAUGUAUCAAUAUUAAUUAUUUUGCAGCUUUUGUAUAUUUUGGCACGCCUCAAUUAGGAAAUAUCAGAGAAAGAUUGGAUAAUGUAAUUAUUAUUAUUAUUAUGACCACUAUUAGUUGUGGA